AAAGAAGCUUCUUCAUCUUCAAGUCUCGAGCGCAUUAAAGAAAAUCAGAGAGCUGAAAGCCCCAGCUACCACCAUCAUCAUCUCCCUCUCUUGACCUGGUCGAGAUCCGUCGCCUCCUAUGCAUAGCUACCACAUCGCCGACGGCGUAUAUACGUGUGUGUACGCCUCGCACUGGCCUGACCAAACCAGACCAACAAGUGUGCCGAGAAAUUGUCUCCUACCUUAUUCUUGGAAGGAUCCAGCUUUGGUUUUGGUUGUCCCUUGGUCUCCGGCAGAGAGGUGGUAAUGGCGCACGGCGGCGACUGAAGGGCGCCGGUAUCGAUCGGUGCCGAUCUGUAUACUCUGCACUUGUGCACACAGCUCGGUUUUACAGGAUAAAGACCUUGAGACGCCAUGACCGGAAAAGGUGCCAAGUCGGUUGCGACUGGUACGACGCCUCCUCAACGCAACGGGGCCGACACGAAGGCCGUCCCCAACUACCUCAGGCCAUCGACCGGCUCAUGCCACAACGCCUGCAAGUACGGUGGGCAUCACGCAUUCGAGGAGAAAGAGGUUCCCAAGGACCAACCGAGACCUCGGAAGCAGCCAUCGGCUUCUGAUGACCAGAAGAGAAGGCUCGUAAAGGUGCGAUCAGUGUCCUGGAGGCGUGUCGGAGAUUUCGGCAAAACCGGGAAGGCCGACAGGCUCGUCGGGGAGACCGUGGAGUGGAAGGACAUUGUGGCCUAUGAUGCAGUAGAAGUGCUUCCACUUCCAGCUAAUGGACCUGAUGGAAGGAAGAGUGAUGUGAUGAAGGGGAAAAAGCCAUUUGCCAAGACCACUGGGCAGGAGAUUGUUGCCAAGAAGCCAACUGAAUCACUGAACAAGAAGCUAGUUAAGACUGUCCGAUCAAAGCUGACCGGGAAGGCCUCGACAAGCUCUCAAGCCAUUGGUGGAGCAAAGGAUGCCUCAUCUUCUGAUAACAAGAAAAUGAUUGACAAGAGCACAAAGAGCGUGAAACCUCUGAAAACGAAGAAAUCGACAACAUUGCCCAUCGAAAAGAAGGUUGUGAGUCAAGAAGUAGUUCAGGGAGAUGCAACUACUGGUGAUAAACAAGGGGAGACAAUCUACCCUCCUGACCAAGAAGAGCAUGCUGCUGUUUCUGAAUCAGGCAAGCCUAUCCCGGUGCAUCGAAGGGCGAAGAGCAUGAGCAUCAGCAGCCGAUCGGUGCGCUUUCCGUUUAUCCGACAGGCCAGCAAGAAUGCAGCCACCUUCAAGCUGCGCUCCAAGAGCAGCAAAGCGCCAGUCCUGGCAGAUGAAGAUGAGAAGCCCACGAGACUCAGGUUCAGAAAGGGGAGAGCAGCGGCAGGCGAGGAACCCAGCAGUGGCAUCCAGCUGAGAAUUAGGAGCCUCCGGAGGCGAGGGUCCGGCAUCUCCCGUGGCGCGACGAGCACGGGCUUCGUCGUGCCGGAGGUGACGCUGAGGCAUCAGAAGACGCUGGAGAAGAAGAAGAGCCGGAGGCUAUACAACAACCUGAUCGAGGAGACGGCCAGCAAGCUCGCCAAGAGCAGGAAGAGCAGGGUUAAGUCCUUGGUUGGGGCAUUUGAAACUCUCAUCUCCAAGAUUGGGAAGUAGAGUUCAGUAUGUACAUCGCACAGUUUGCCAUGAACAUAUUGAUAUUGGGUUCCUUGGAUUGGAUGGUUUGUUGCCUGACUUGUAUAAUCUUCAUAUAAUUGUUUAUUCUGGCAAUCCGAAUGCCUCAAAGUGAAGAUACUGAACACUGCUACGGUCUAGUCUUGAGUCUGUACAGGCCUUCCUUGCUCCUAGUUCAAUUGGGCAGAGCUGAAAUGAAGACCUUCUGCAGAGAUGUAGUACGGAGUAGUAUAGUUUUGAUGGAGCCAUGCUUGAUCCUGUUUAAGAUAGUGUAUUCGUGUGGGAAGCAAAAAUCUAUGUUUUUGUUUUCAUUUAUUUUUAGACUUCUAUUAGUAAUGCCUAGGAAAGGUUAGAAAAUGCAUGGGCGCAAGAAUAUAUGUAGAUAUAAAAAUUCAUAACCUAAGCUACUUAUGGCCUCCUU